GUUCAAUGAUGCGCUCCUCUUCUGCUUUCCUGUUGCGUUCUCUGACUCUCGCCGCCCGCGACACCCAGGCGCCAUCGUUCCACAUUCUGGCAGCACCACCAACUUCGCUAAGGACAAAACCGGGCUGCUCGCGACAUCCAUUGUCUUCGCCCGUUGUCUUCGCCCGCUGACGCAUCCCCGCUGCCUCAGCGGUCCUCCGGCUUGCUGUCGUUGUCGACCGGCAAAGACACUGUCACCAUCGAUUGUCAAUCGCUUUUAGACAGGUUAUCCGGCAAUUUUUCUGUCGGCUUUUCUUCUUCGUCUCAGCGCUCAGGAUUUCUGGACCCGCAAACCCUCUCCGCUGUUACGAUCUCGGAUCACUCUGUGCUCGCCUUGGUCUAUCCCUGCACUCAGUGAAGCCCACACAAUUGGGUUGGUAUAUGGAGCAGAAUCCCUGUUCUUUGAAUUCCAACUCGCGCCACUUCCAGCCUUGGCAUACUUUGUUGCUCGAUCUCGCGUCAAGCCCUUCACCACAAGGAAUAUCUCAGGCGUAUUUCCUUCAAGCUCGACUCUCACCAUAUCCUCAGUCGCAGCACGUAUGUCUAGCGUUACUCAGACUGUUCAUGCAUCUGAGUCCCCGCUGUCGCGUGCGGUCAUCGUCGCUGCUGCGUUUACCGUUGGCGUUGCUGGUUUCAUGACGAGCAUGGUCAUGGGUUGGUUGUACUGGGUCAUUCCCUCCCUUCGUCCAUCCGUUCCCCAACCUUCCCCUGCACGACCACGUCCUGCUAUCAAACCCAUCCCUCAGCCCAAGGCGAAGCGACAGCAUGCCCGCCCGCCGCCUCUUCUGCUUCUCCCAUUUAAACCAACGGAGUCGGUAGAACUUGAUCUGUCAACGGUGGCCGAGUCCCACGCACCUUCCGUCACCUUUCCACCCUCGUUCGAAGUCAUCCGCCCCAAACCCCCUCGUCCGCUUUCCUUCUCCGAACCUUCCGCGCUCCCGACCCCUCCCCCUUCACGUGGAUCCAGCAUUCUCUGCGCGAAGGCCAAGGCUCGGAAAGCCAAGACGUUUCUUGCGCGCAAUGACCCGCCCUCACCCACAGCCGUGUACAGAUCCAUAUCCACGGAUGUCACGUCGCCACUCUCGCUCCCAUCUGAUGAGACCUUGAUAUCCGAAGGAACUCCAGCAGCAACAGCCACACCCUCUUGUUCGACUUCGAUGGCGCACAGGAGGCCUCACAUAGGGUUUUUUGGUAGGCGCCCUUCGACCGCGCCUGGGCCGUCGAGGCCGUCCCAGAAGAGAUCACACAGUACGGGUGCAAUGGGGCGAUCUCAUGCAGAAGCUGGCAGUGUGGACGAGUUUGGUGAGAUUUUGGACGAUGUAGGGAAACCGGUAGGGCGGAGCGCGACCACCGGGGGAGUUUCACGGAAAGGAAAGAUGAAGGAUAGUGCGCAUGGCAAGGCAACGAGCGAGAGUGGUAAAAGCAGAGGGCGGUUCGCUGGGUUUUCACUGAGGCCGUCGACGUCGGUACGGACGCCACGCAUUGUCACGGGAGCACUACAUCUGGUUUCGUCGCCCGAAACGAUGGAGAGCGAUCUACCUUCAACCGUUACACCUUCGACUUCCCUGAGCACUGCUGUCAGUGACGCCGCCCACACACCUGCACACAAGUCGGUAUCUACCCCUCCGAACUCAAACCUUUCUCCUUCGUCACGGCGUCGUCGAUUUUCUUCUUUGUUCGGUUCACGACAUUCGAUAUCGAUACCACCGUCAUCUCUAGCGUCGUCGACUUCACCGGUUGGGGCCCCCAUACCACGCACAAAACCAUACGAGGCACCUUAUAACGUCCCGACACCUAUCGCGGGUGGUGAUGUGACGGGACUCUGGACCAGGAGAAAGCGAGCGUCGGCGCCCUCUGCCCCGGCUGGCCACCCUUUGACGAGUGCAGAGAAGCGGUCGAUCGAUGGGGGGAACGGUGAGAAGGAACAGAGUCAGAGAAGAGAGAGCCUACCGGCGGUCGGUUCUGCCUCUGCUCCUGUUCCUUCUGUUGUUCAGUGAUUUGAUUUCUGGUCUCCACCUUAAUGACUGAUAUCUAGUGGUUCCCUCUGAUUUUUUCUCUAUCCUGGUUUUUCUCUAUCGACUCCGUCUCGUCUCGCAUAUCCCUCAUCGCAUACGUAAUUAUACUCAGCAUCUGUAUACCUCUUGUAAAUGCAUCUCUUCAUCUGUCUUUCAGCAUCCUUAACGGUACACCCUACACGACUAAUCUUCGUCCUAGCCCUCACGUCCUAUUGAGCAGUCAUCUCCUGUCUAGUUCUUACGCACAUAACGUCCUCCUUCCUAAUGGUCCCUUUUCUCAUCGUCGGUGUCGAUCUGAUGGGUCGCCAGUUGCAUGUUGUAUCCUUAUCCAUGUCCAUAUUCUCAGACACAUCUCCACCCUCGCAUCUUACACUCAACAUUUCACGAAUCAUCCCACUCCCCACUCUGUCGUAUACCUUGCUUUGUCGUGUCAUACCAUGUUC